AAAAAAGGGAAAAACAUGUCGGUUUCUAACGACACUGGUUCGUUUGUGGCUGGGCAUAGAUCGAAUAUUCUGAGACAAAUCGUACAAAACUCAACUUCAUCGAUCAAACCCCUAGCUUCAUUUUCUCCUAUGGAUCUCUUCAAAUCAGUUCUCCCCGAAUACGAUCACCACCACCAACAACAACCCGAUUCACCAGAAUCCACUCAAUCUCCUCUCGACGAUGCCGCUUCUUCUUCAUGGAGCUUCGGCAAUCUGAUCAAAACCCUAGCAACCAAAUCCGAAUCCGUAAUCGGAUCCUACCGUCGUGAAUUCGAGGAAUUCGGAUCCGAAUUGAAGAAAGAAAGCUCCGUGAUCCGACAGGUAGCUUCUCGUGCCGUCAAGGACUUACCUGGUUCCCUCGACAUCGGCGCCUCCGUCGCUCAAGAGUCCCUCGAAUCGGUCGGUCAAGCGAUCGACGACAUCGGCGGCGCCGUGUGGAAAUCAACGGCUAAGAUCAUAUCUCGUGGUAAGGACUCUCUCUUAUCUUCUUCUUCGUCCCAUCCCGACUCAUCCGGUGAUCGUGGAUACCAUCAGGCCCUAUCUGUGAAACCCUAUAGUCGAUUCGAGAUGCAGUUGCUUGCGAUUCAAUCUGACAAAGCCACGUAUGUUAGAGAACCUGAUGAUUUAGGGGAAUUUGAGAAAUGGAGUUUAGGGUUUAAGCUAGAGGAGAAAGGAGACGUGAUUGCUGAUUUAAUCAAUGGGAACGAAGGCGUGAAAGAGAUGUACGUGAAGCUUGUGCCUAUGGAAGUUGAUGCUGAGACUUUCUGGAGGAGGUAUUACUAUAAAGUGCAUAAGCUUGAGGAAGUUGAGGAGGCUAGAGUUAAGCUUGUGAAGAGAGCUAUAUCUGGAGAAGAAGAGGAGGAUUUGAGCUGGGAUCUUGAUGAUGAGGGAGAUGGAACCGAAGCUGAGAAAGACCGGAAAAUCAGUGAGGAGAAUGUGGUAUUGGAGGAGGAGAAGGUGGAGAGUAGAGAAGUGUCGUCUAAGGAUAGUGAUAUCUCGGUGAUUUCGACGCAGCCAUCGUUACGUGAGGUCGAAGAUCUUGGGUGGGAUCAGAUGGAAGAUGAUAUUAGAAGCAAUGAGGACAAGAGUACUGAGGAGAAAUCUGAUUGGCGAAGACGGGUCAGUGUAGCAGAGGAAGAAGAGGAUUUAACUUGGGAUAUUGAAGAUGAUGAUCACUCUGUUAAACAAUAAGUUAUAGAAAAAGCAAGAUUUGCAAUCAAAAGUGUGAUCACAGGUCUAGUGAUAUUAAUGUUGAAGACGGUGAGUCGUAUCUUUUGUCUUGGGCAAUGGCAGGUAAAUAAAGCAUAUACGAUUCUUUUUAAACGUGCAUAUUCCACAAACAAGUUGUAUAAUACUCUCGUCUGGUUUAAAAAACAGAUUUGUAAAAAAAAAAAUAAGAGAACAGUUUGUUCUAGGAACAAAUUAGUUUCAA